GUACAAAGUUGUGUUUUAGCAGAAUUCCCAAUGUAAUCCAUCAUGGAUGGACUACAUGAUGGAAGGCGGCCCCAAAAGGAGUUCUCCUCGGGCCCUGGCGGUAGUUUGGGCCGCCACUGCUCCGGUGUCUCGCGCUGGUGGAGCCUCUGAAACGUGUCGGCUCUCCCUGACAUUAAUUGGGACCGCGUGCUUUAACGUUUUCGGCGGGUUGGAGGUCGCGCCGACAGACCGCCGUAGACUCUGCGUAGUGCCGCAUCUUCCUCAGUAAACGAUCUCUGUGCUUCUGGGUUCCAGCCGGCGGAGGGCAGCCGGUUCAAUGGUCUCGGCCCUGCCCCGAUCCUUCAGCAGAAGAAGAGCCCGGCGCUGCGGCAGCCAGGCAGUCAGUCCUCCAGUGGUCGCUAGCGGUGCCUGGCCGGUUCAAGGCGGGGGGGAAGCAGUGAUGCGACGGACCUAACGCGGAGCCAACAAGCAGACCCCGGCCAGUCGCCGUCCUCUUCCCGCCGCCGGACGCCUGUUUCACGGGGGGGGGAAGCGGCCGCCUUUGAGCAGGUGGCCAGAGCUGCUGGUUCGGUGAGCACCUUCCCUGCCUGGUGGUAGAUGUGAAAGAUCCCAACGCAACCAGCCUCAUCAUGGGUCAGGACCGGGGCAAGUACGACUUCUACAUCGGCCUGGCCUUGGCCAUCAGCUCCAGCAUCUUCAUCGGUGGAAGCUUUAUCCUCAAGAAGAAAGGACUCCUGAGAUUGGCCAAGAAGGGAUCCAUGCGGGCAGGGCAGGGCGGUCAUGCGUAUCUAAAAGAGUGGCUGUGGUGGGCCGGUUUACUAUCAAUGGGUGCUGGGGAAGCGGCUAACUUCGCAGCGUACGCUUUCGCUCCUGCAACCCUGGUCACGCCUCUGGGAGCCCUCAGCGUGCUCGUCAGUGCCGUGCUGUCGUCAUACUUCUUGACGGAGCGGUUAAACCUGCACGGGAAGCUUGGCUGCCUGCUGAGCAUCCUCGGCUCCACCACCAUGGUUAUUCACGCUCCAAAGGAGGAGGAGAUCGCCAGCCUCAAAGACAUGGCCAAGAAGCUGGUGGACCCAGGGUUCGUCGUCUUCGCCACUCUAGUUGUGAUCGUGGCUCUCAUCUUCAUCUUCGUGGUCUCGCCCCGCCACGGUCAGACCAACAUCCUGGUCUACAUCACCAUCUGCUCGGUGAUCGGGGCGCUCUCCGUGUCCUGCGUCAAAGGACUGGGCAUCGCCAUCAAGGAGGCCAUCGCCGGGAAAAACGUCUUCAAAAACCCCCUGGCCUGGGUCCUCCUGGUGGGUCUGGUGGGCUGCGUGAGCACGCAGAUCAACUACCUGAACAAGGCCCUGGACAUCUUCAACACCUCCCUGGUGACGCCCAUCUACUACGUGUUCUUCACCACGUCGGUGCUCACCUGCUCCGCCAUCCUCUUCAAAGAGUGGGAGCACAUGGGCGCGGGCGACGUGAUCGGGACCCUCAGCGGCUUCCUCACCAUCAUCGUGGGCAUCUUCCUGCUGCACGCCUUCAAGGACGUCAGCGUCAGCUUGGCCACGCUGGCCGUGUCCAUCAGGAAGGAGGAGCGCGGCGCCCCGGCGGCCAACGGCUCGGCGGCCCACAGCAACUACGAGCUGCUGCACAACGAGUCCACGGAGGACGUGGAGGACAGGGGGCCGCCGUUCGACAGCGUCUCCAGGAGGAACGGAGCAAUGACUUCCUCCUUGGACGGCUAGGAAUCGCUCCGUUGAUCGCUUCUUAUACGAGACAAUCAACUGUGAGGGGAGGGCACGCCGACGCACCAGUAGAUUGUAUUUGUUUUAAUUUGCCUUAAUUUACUCCAGACUGUCGUUCGGUUAACUUACCUGCAUUCCUCUGUAGCUCUGUAAAUAUUUUUUUUUUUUACAGGAAGGCUUUGUUAUAUGUACAUGGAUCUUCAUGCACUGACUUUCUAUGAAUCAAUUCUAAAGCUAAUAUAUGUUCUGCUUUGAGGACAUUCUGACAAUGACUUCAUUUAAUAGGAACUUCCCUAUGAUUGACCCUUUUUUUUUUUUUUGUGAUACUUGAAAAGUAAUUUAUGUUUGGAGUCACUCAGACUUUCCUGGGAGAGGGUGGGGGAAAUUUUUACAUUUAAAAAAAAAAAAAAAAAUCUCUUGACAAAAACAG